GCCCAGAGGCUGGCAGUGCUGCUGCUGCCCCAGCCUCCCAGCAUCUCCUCAGCAGCCAGCCUGGUGUGGACACAGUGCCCAGCAGCACGGCUGCCUGUGACUUCACGGCCACGCACUCCUCUGAUGGUAUGUGCCUAGAUGAUGUUCUGGUGUGAACACACCUGCAAACUCUAUCUGCUUGCAGUCAACCCAAAGACAGGCCACCAAAUCAUAUAACAUCCCACAGCUAAACUAAACCAAAACCGAACAGGGGAUUUUGGAAACAAAUGAAAGAUAAACUCUGGAGUGUUUAACAAUUACUUCCUCAUAAGACAUGCCCAAGAGGAAGAGAGAGGCUUUUCAGUCAUGGAGCUGCUCUUCUAAGCAUGAGGGGGAUCUCGCUUUCCUCUCUCUUCUUACUGAUGCACCUGCUGCAGGACAAGAUAACUAUCAUUUUAGUUUUGGAAUAUCAAGACCUGCAAGAUUCUAUUAAGCCACAGAAGGUAGAGUUUCACUCAUUAAAUUUCAACACCACUCUGCACUGGCAGCCUGGGAGGGCCAGAGAGGCAAGAGACAUUGUCUACUUUGUGCAGUAUAAAGUGUAUGGACAGAGCACGUGGCAAAACAAAGAUGACUGCUGGGGGAUUCAAAACCAUGUUUGUGACCUAACAAUUGAGACCUCUGACAUCCAAGAGCCUUACUAUGGCCGAGUGAGAGCCCUGUCAGCUGGUGUCUAUUCCAACUGGAGCCUCAGCUGCAGAUUCACUCCCUGGCAAGAAACUAUGAUAGGACCUCCAACAAUAACUGUGGUUCAUAGCAAAACAUUCAUCAUACUAAAGCUCCAGGCUCCACGUUCUCCUUAUAAAAGGAAGAGAGGCAGCAAAAUACCAAUGACAAAUUAUUAUGAUCUUCUAUAUCAAGUCUUCAUAAUUAACAACUUGCUGGAAAAGCAACACAAAGAGCUGGUGUACGAAGGAAAAGACAAGGUAAUUAAAUUAGAAGAUCUGAGGCCUGGAACCAGCUACUGCAUCGUGGCUAAAACCUACCUGCCGAUGCUGGAGCGCAGCAGUGGCUACAGCAGCAGGCAGUGCACCGUGCUGCAGUGACAGGACCUGCACCUCUGCCAUGGUUACAGGGAUAAUGGUGGAAGACGACUCCCAUCACAGAUCCAGCUGUAAAUCAACAUCUGUGGUCUAUGUCUGGAAUACAUACUUGGAUACUUUUUAAAUUAACCUUUGCUGCAUUGAAUUAUUUGAUUCAUCACAAUAAUCUGAUGCCAUGCAAAGGCCAGGGAUUCUUUCUGUUUCCUGUAUCACAAUGUUACAUAUUUGCACUUACAAAGCAAAUACUAUUGUAACAUAUAAAAAAAAACCAUCAUGCAAAAAAGCAUUUGUGAAAAUAUCCUUAGGAGUGUUUCUAGGGGUUUUCUAUUUUAAACCUUGGAAUUAAAAUACAAUUUAUAAAAUAGAA